AUGGUUGAUGAGAAUAGCAAUAAUGAGAAUGGGCUAGACCAGGAGGAAGAAAUAGAUGUGUAUUCCGAUCUGUAUUCGACGUAUACGCAGGUUACUUCGUUGACUACUAAUGAUGUUGAUAACACCACAUACCCCAUGACUUGGAAGACAGUCGCCCUUUUUGGCAGCUCCACAGUGGGUGGAUUACUAUUUGGUUACGAUACAGGUGUCAUCUCGGGGGUAUUGCUCAGUUUAAAGCCACAGGACCUUGGCAGAGCUACCAUUUCUGAUUGGGAUAAAGAGCUGAUCACCUCCAUAACAUGCCUUGGUUGCUUUGUGGGAUCCCUGCUGGGGUCUCCGCUGGCUGACAAGUAUGGCAGGAGGAUAACUCUGGCGAUCUUUUGCGUAUUAUUUAUAGUCGCCGCACUGUGGAUGGCCUUGGCCAGCAACUUAGUACUGCUGGUAUUCGGUAGGUUUGUUGUGGGGAUCGCAGUGGGUACUGCCGCGCAAUGUACUCCGGUGUACCUCUGUGAGAUAUCACCUGCCAAAAUUAGAGGUCAAAUAUUAGCACUGAAUUCCAUUGCUGUUACUGGUGGGCAGUUCUUGUCUUACAUAUUCGCUUAUGAGCUUUACGACGUGAAUGGCUCUUGGAGAAUUUUAUUUGGAUUGUCAGCCGUGCCUGCUAUAAUAUUUUUAUCCAUGUUAGACUUCAUACCUGAAUCUCCUCGUUGGUUGGUAUCUAUGUCUAAAUAUGAUAGCGCUAAAGCAGCCUUGCGUAUGAUCUAUCCGACUGCGUCUCCUGGUCAGAUAAACCUCAAAUUCAAUGAACUAGUCAUCAAUCUAAGCAAGCUCAAACAUUACCAAGAUGAGCAAACUUCGCUGAUGGUUCCAUUAUCGGUGCGUUCCUCUCGAGUUACAAUCAAUUCUGCUGAUUACGGUUCGGUAGCAAACUUGAGAUCAUUACACUCUCUAAUGAAUGAACCUUCUGGAACAAAUCAUUCUAAUAAGACAGUUCAUCACAGAAUGGAGCCUAGGACAAAGAGAGCAUUGUUAAUCGGUUGCGUUCUUAUGUUUUUCCAGCAAAUUACUGGUUUCAACGCGUUUAUGUAUUACGCUCCGCUAAUAUUUUCGAAAUUAAACUCUCAUAACCCGCUACUUCCAGCAAUGUCAAUUGCAUUUACUAACUUUUUAUUCACCUUUUUAGCUGUCUAUCUCGUUGACCUUGUUGGGAGACGUUCGAUGCUUCUAAAUACAAUUUGGAUUAUGACUGUUGGGUUGUUACUGUCUACAAUUGGGUUUCAACAUGAAAAUGUUGUUGUAUUAUUAUUUGCAGUAUCUAUAUUUGUGGCAGCAUAUGCUUCUGCCAUGGGCACCAUACCCUGGAGUUCAGUAGAAUUCCUGCCACUGAAUAGAAGGUCGUUCGGAGCAUCAUGUAUAUCAUGUACUAACUGGUUAACAAAUUUUGUUAUUACAGCAUCUUACCUAUCUGUGAUGAAUAAGAUCGGUACAGAAGACACAAUGUUAUUCUUUGCAUUAUUUAGUGUGAUGGCAUGGUUUUUUGUGUAUUUCUGGUAUCCUGAAGUCAAGGGACUAUCACUGGAAGAAAUUGGGAAAGUGUUUGAAAAUGGUAUUGAUGUCCAUUAUGUUUACAGGAACUAUUACUGA